UUGGAGCCGGAGCCGGCUGCUGCUCAGGUGACCAGUGAGUGUCCCUCCGGACAGCGCUGCUUCCCACUAACGGUGCCGGCACAGCUAGCGGGGACAUUGCUAGCCAGGACUCGCCACAAUGAUCCAGAAUGUUGGAAAUCACCUGCGAAGGGGCUUCACCUCUGUGUUCUCGGGCCGCAUAUCCCGGAAGUCAGGCUCACGUGCUCGUGCGGAGAACGCGGACGGUGCCAUGGCCGACGAGGGCUACCGGAACCCCACGGAGGUGCAGAUGAGCCAGCUGGUGCUGCCCUGUCACACCAAUCAGCAUGGCGACCUGAGCAUCGGGCAGCUGCUCAAGUGGAUUGACACCACGGCCUGCCUGUCUGCGGAGAGGCACGCGGGCUGCCCCUGCGUCACAGCCUCCAUGGACGAUAUCUAUUUUGAGCACACCAUUAGUGUUGGGCAAGUGGUGAACAUCAAGGCCAAGGUGAACCGGGCCUUCAACUCCAGCAUGGAGGUGGGCAUCCAGGUCACCUCGGAAGACUUGUGCUCCGAGAAGCAAUGGACCGUGUGCAAGGCCUUAGCCACCUUCGUGGCCCACCGGGAGCUCUCCAAGGUGAAGCUGAAGCAGACCGUGCCCCGGACGGAGGAGGAGAAGAUGGAGCACAGUGUGGCAGCCGAGCGCAGGCGCAUGCGGCUGGUCUACACGGACACCAUCAAGGACCUCCUGGCCAACUGUGUCAUUCAGGACGACCUGGAGAGCAGAGACUGCAGCCACAUGGUGCCAGCCGAGAAGACCCGCGUGGAGAGCGUGGAGCUGGUCCUGCCCCCCCACGCCAAUCACCAGGGCAACACCUUCGGGGGCCAGAUCAUGGCCUGGAUGGAGAAUGUGGCCACCAUUGCAGCCAGCCGGCUGUGCCGUGCCCACCCUACACUGAAGGCCAUCGAGAUGUUCCACUUCCGGGGCCCGUCCCAGGUCGGGGAUCGCCUGGUGCUCAAGGCCAUUGUGAACAACGCCUUCAAGAACAGCAUGGAGGUGGGCGUGUGCGUGGAGGCCUACCGCCAGGAGGCCGAGACCCAUCGGCGGCACAUCAACAGCGCCUUCAUGACCUUCGUGGUCCUGGACGCAGCUGACCAGCCCCGGAUGCUACCCUGGAUCCGGCCCCAGCCUGGGGAUGGUGAGCGGCGGUACCGAGAGGCCAGUGCCAGGAAGAAGAUCCGCCUGGACAGGAAGUACAUUGUGUCCUGUAAGCAGACGGAGGUGCCCCUCUCUGUCCCCUGGGAUCCUAGCAACCAGAUGUACCUGAGCUACAACAACGUCUCCUCCCUGAAGAUGCUCGUGGCCAAGGACAACUGGGUGCUGUCCUCGGAGAUCAAUCAGGUACGGCUGUACACCCUGGAGGAUGACAAGUUCCUGUCCUUCCACGUAGAGCUGGUGGUGCACGUGGAUGCAGCUCAGGCCUUUCUCCUGCUGUCAGACCUGCCCCGGAGGCCCGAGUGGGACAAGCACUACCGGAGUGUGGAGCUAGUGCAGCAGGUGGAUGAGGAUGACGCCAUCUACCACGUCAUCAGCCCCACCCUUAGCGGCAACAACAAGCCCCUGGACUUUGUGAUCCUGGCCUCGCGGCGGAAGCCUUGUGACAGUGGGGACCCCUAUGUGAUUGCCCUGAGGUCGGUCACACUGCCCACCCACCGCGAGAUGCCCGAGUACAGCCGCGGGGAGACCCUCUGCUCCGGCUUCUGCCUGUGGCGCAAGGGGGACCAGAUGACCAAGGUAUCCUACUACAACCAGGCCACCACAGGCUUUCUCAACUACGUGACUGCCAACGUGGCCGGCCUCUCCUCUGAGUUCUACACCACCUUCAAAGCUUGCGAGCAGUUCCUCUUGGACAACCGGAACGAUCUGGCCCCCAGCCUCCAGACCCUCUAGGUGUGCUGUGCAGCCACCUCAUGCCCACUCACUCCAUCCUGCCCCCAAGGACAUCCAGGCAGCACGUGGAUGAAGACAGAGGCCUUUAUUCCUUCCUGCCUCUCCUGUGGGAAGCCUCGACUCUGGGGGGUCUGCCGGCCCAGCGCCACUGGGCAGUCAGUUUUUGCCAACGUCCGCCAGCAGGUCCUUGCGGUAGUCCUGGGGCAGCCUGUAGUAGACUCGGGUUUUGUCCACGGCCCUGGCUGCCAGCAGCCCUUCCCGCCCAGCUGCGUAGUUCCCCUGGGCAGGGCUGUGCUCCACUGUGAUGGUGGCCCUGGGGGAGGAGUCCAGCAGCCUGGCCACAGCCCCAGCCGUGCUCUGGCCCAGCGGCCUGGCCUGCAGCUGGAAGGACACAGGCUGCCAGAGCCCGUGGCACAGCUCCAGCAUAUCUGUGAGCAACUGUUCCCUGUAGCCACUGCCCAGCACCUCCUCUGGCCAGCCUGGUGCCACGGUCACGUGGGGGAAAACCUCGUCCACAGCCGUAAGCAACUCCCUGCCAGCCAAGUGGCCAGGGACCUCGAAACUCCCAUGGGAGAUUGUGGCCCCCACCCACACGGGCCGUGGCAGGUGGCCAGAGGUUGAGAGGCGGGCCAGCGUGGCCAGGGCUGCCCGCAGAGCUGUGGGCUCUGCUAUGUGCAAGUGGACACCCCAGCGUCCUGGGCGCGUGGCGAGCUGCAGCAGGGACGACUCCAGUGUCUGGUUAGGGCCACCUGGGACAUGCACGAUGGGCACCGGGUCUCCGGCUGCAGGCUCCUGGAGACUGACGUUCAGCAGGAUCAUGCCUUCUCUGUCUGGAAGAGGCAGCGGGGCAACAGUGUCUGGGGUUAGGUUGUUCUGGGGGUGCCGGUGGCCCUUGUUAGAGGGGUGGUGUGGGGUUAAGGGCACAGCCAAGGAGGGGCAGCUGGUGCCUCACAGUCUGGGAUCUGUCAACUGGUUCUGGGCCCUAGGUGGAAGGUGGCUUACAGAUGUGCUUGGUGCUCAUCAGAUGACAUGAUAAAAUGCUGGCUCAGCUUUUGGCCUCUGUGACAGCCCUGGGAUCUGCAGCUCUGCAGCUGAGGAUUCGGGGGCGCGGGUCUGAAGACCAAGAGCCCACACUCUUGGCACCACUUUAUGCCCUCCCUCUACCCUGGGUCCAGCUGUGGCUCGAAUGGACCCCUGUUGCCAUGGUAACAGAGGCCCAAGGUACCUACCUCAAGCAAAGGGAACCCCACAGUUUACAGGCAGAGCUUACCUGGGAACGUAACCGCUGCUGUUAUUCCGCUGCCCUGGACGUCGGGAACCAGCCACUCCACGCCCAGACCAUCACCCCCCGGGAGUUGGAGCAGAGGGAUCAGGCUGCCCCCCGUGUAGUAGACUUGCUUCCGUGUGGCAUUCACUGUGGGGGGACAAAUUGCCAAGGUGAUGUGGCCACCUCUGUGGAGCACUUCCCAUGAGCCAGGCUCUCCACGUGUCCUCUGAGCCUUCCAGCAUCCUGCCAGGUAGCUGCUAUUCCCCCGUUUUAUAGACUACAAAAAGUGACACUGGGCAAGUGGUCACUGGGAGUGGAACCUGAUAGAACCGGGUCUCUCUGACCCCAAAGCUAGUGUCCCUCCUCCAUCCCUCCUGCCUAGGUGGCUCACAAGAAUGUUGUCUGGUGGGGCCCCUUUGAGGUGGCUUAACUGCAGGCCCCCCGAGGUUCAGAGUCAAGGGAACAUGGGAUCAGGCAGCUUCUGGAUAGCCAAUUAGUGGGUACAGUGGAGGGGGCUGCUUCUCUGAAACUUCAGGGUAACCCACAGGGGAAAAGUGCUACAAGGAAAGUGCAUGGGGUUUGGAACUUGCUGGGUUCCAAAUUAUACAAAGCUGAAUGAGUUUGUAGGAGUUACUUAACUGUUCUGAACCUUGGUUUCCCUAUCCAUAAAAUGGAACCCCUGCUUCAUGGAUAUGUGAACCUUUGAUAAUACACCAUACGUGACCCUGCCUGGCCCAGGGCCAGGCAUACAGUAGGUGUGCAAAAUAAUUCCUUUCUCCUAUUCCACCCGCAAUUUCCCCCUGCACCGCCCCUGGGCAGACUCCAGCCCUCCCCACCCUGCCUUGCCCUCCCCAAGACCCGCUCCCUACUGGCUUGCUGCCUGAACUGCGACUGGAUAGGCUCAAAGAGGUCGAAGUAGGCUUGGUGGGGGGCGCAGUUGUCCCGGAUGUAGAGGAGAUCGUCCACUGACAUGGGGUCUGUGGCGCCCUGCCACACUGUCAGGCUGUACCUGGGGACCAGAGAGCCGGCUCAGCCACCUGCCUGGCCCCCAGGGCCCUCAGCCCCACCCCUGAACUCAGAACUGGACCCCAGUCGGCUGGGAGCAGGGGGCUCAGGAGGCAGGAGUGUGGCCUUCUCUAGCUCCGGACUUGGAGUCUGUCUGUUUUGGGGUUCUGUCUUAGGAGAGGGGAAGGAAGGGCAGAUGGGAGAAAAGGGCAGAGUGGCUUCGAGACUCCUGUGGGGAGCCACUGAGGAAGCUGUGGCUGGGCAGCCUGGAGCAGCCUGGAGUUGGGGAGAGCCUCGGCCUCUACAGGGCUAUCCUGGGGCAGAGGUUAUAGGUGAAAUCUGCAGCCCAGGGCCACAGCUGGUUCCCCAUAAGACGAAGUUGUGGGGAGGCAAAUUAUGUCUCAGGAUAAACUCAAAGACCCUUCCAGCCAUGAGUGUCUGAGAUCUUCCUGGAGGCAUCAGUCCUGGGGGUGGGUUUGAGAGGGCGAGAGCCGUGGCAGGGGCGUGGGAGUUUUUACCUCUGAGAUUGGCCCAGCAGCCAGCUGAAGUGGGGCCAGGAGGGCCGCGACAUGGAGGCCCGCAGGGGGAAGGUGAUCCUCUGCGGCAGUGCUCCCACCAGCUCCUGCAUCCUCUCCACCAUGGCGCGGGUGUAUGCAUUGGUCUGGACAUUGGGCACGUAGAGGGUGGUCCAGCCCGGAGACAGGGUGGCCUUGGGAUACUUUUCCUGGAUCAGAUCCAGGAACCUGCAGAGAAUCAGGGGCGCUUGUCUUUCGGGGCCACGCUAGCCCCUUCCUCAUCUCCUGGAUUCCCAUCACAGUGUUAGGAAGUCAUCAGGGCCUCCCCCAACUGUGACAGAAAGGGAGAAGCAGAGUCCUGAAGAACAGAAGGCGCUUGUUCAAGGUCCCACAAACAGGGCAGCGACUCUGGAGCCAAGGAGGCCUGGGUUCAGGUCCUGACUGUGACCUUGGGCAAGUCACUUACCCUUUUUGCUCCUCAAAAAUGGCAUUACCUUUAGGCAGGGCAAAGUGCCUCAAAAGCUCCAUGUGGACAGAAAAGACAGAAUUCAGAGCUUGGAGAGUCUCUGAAGUUUCAUAUUUUAUUUCAUUUCAUUGAAAUUUUGUCCUGAUACAAGUUUUAAUAAGGUAAUGUUACCUCCCUCCCUGCCCUGGCUCAGUUGUAAUAUAGAGUAAAUUCAACACUUCACAAAGACUAGUCAAAUGUAUCUCGGGCCAUUAACUAUCCUUUUCAAACUGCUGCUUUCCAAAUGCACCUCGGUUUGAGGGGCACAAUAAAAAUCGGACGGAUGGAUUGUUGGCUGGUUGGUUGGGCAGGUGGCUGGCUGGAUAGAUGGGGCUUAGAAUCAGAAAGUCUAUUUUGAAUCUUUUCUCUGCCACUUACUAGACUUAGGCAGGUCAUUUAAUGUCUAUGAGCUAGUUCUCGAAUUAAUAAAGGUCAGAGUACCUAUUUCAUUCUCAUUGUAAGAAUUAAAUGGUAUACUGCCUGUAAAGCACUUAAAACAGUGCCUGGGACACACAAUAAAUAUUGAACAAAGUGAGCCACAAUUAUCAUCA